AUACUGCAUCUACACGCCCUCCGAUUCGACCCUUCCCCUUGCUGAGAAUCCUAUGGAAUACUUACAAACGGCUUAAAGCAAGCCAGUCUGGUUUUGUGUUUCAUUGCGCGCGGAUCGCAAGCGCGUCGCGUCUAAACGUAAACGACUGCACACAAAAUCUUUUUUCGAUUUUUCCAUUCAAACUGUUCGUAUUUUAAUAAACGCUCUAUGGAAUCCUUGAUUGACAGUUUCGUUUUUUAAAAAUAAGUAGUGCGCCGGCAAAAGUAAACUUUCGCAAAAGUUUUGUUUUUAGAAAAAAAGUUUUUAUUUCUUUUUCGUUUUAUUUAUUUUUUUGGUUUUUUCGUUCGCAUUACAGUGAUUACAUUGUUAUUUGAGUUUUGUGGUUUGUUUUGUUUAGUGGUUUUGGUUUUCGAGAUUUGCGGUUAAGAAUUAAAGUUUUGGUUUUGUUUGAAAUUCAGCGGUGUUGACGUGAAGUGUUUAAAGUUAAACUUUUGUUAGUGUUAACUAACUAGGAUGUUUGUAAAGUGACUUCGUAAAGUUAUUUGCCAUUAUGAAGCUCAUUUGGAAAGUUUUGUGCUGUUUGCUACUUCUUGCACAAGCUGUAAUGGGCAACUGGUGGAACCUAGCCGCGCCACGGCCGCAGACUCAGCCCGGUAACACGUCUCUGGAGACGUUCACAGCGUUGCACAAAGAGAACUGCCACAGACUAGAGUUUCUGGUCGAACGACAGAAACAACUGUGUAUGCUGUCCGAUACUAUGAUUAAGGUCCUACAAACCGGAGCCCAGCAGGCGGUGGAAGAGUGCCAGCACCAGUUCCGACACAGCAGGUGGAACUGCAGCACUGUGGAGAAUUCUACUGACAUCUUCGGCGGUGUGCUUAAGUUCAAAUCUCGUGAAUCAGCCUUCGUGCAUGCCCUGUCGGCUGCGGCGUUGGCGCAUGCGGUGGCCCGCGCCUGCUCUCGUGGUGAACUCAACGAGUGUUCCUGCGACUCGCGCGUCAGAAAGCGUACGCCUAGGCACUGGCAGUGGGGAGGGUGUUCUGAAGACAUCCGAUAUGGAGAGAUGUUCAGCAAAGAUUUCUCUGAUUCCAAAGAAGACAAGAACACUGACGAAGGACUGGUGAACCUACACAACAACGAGGCUGGACGACGGGCGGUUCGCGGUCGUAUGCAGCGUGUCUGUAAAUGCCAUGGAAUGUCUGGGUCCUGCUCAGUCCGUGUCUGCUGGCGUCGUCUGCCACAACUGCGCAUGGUUGGUGAUGCACUGUCUACUAGAUAUGAAGGGGCAUCCCAUGUAAAGGUUGGUCAAGUGGUAGAACGCAAGAGAGGCAAGAACAUAAGAAAGCUGAGGCCGUUACACAUGGACAUGAAGAAACCUAACAAGACUGAUCUUGUGUACUUGGAGGACUCGCCAGACUAUUGUGAACCUAAUGACGAGCUAGGCAUUUUAGGAACUCGUGGCCGUACUUGCAACAGAACAUCAGCUGGUCUGGAUGGCUGUCGCCUACUAUGCUGUGGACGAGGAUACCAAACCAGAGUGAGAGAUCACGAAGAAAAAUGUAGAUGCCGUUUCGUCUGGUGUUGCAAAGUCCACUGCGAAAUCUGUCGGUUUAAACGAGACCAUCACGUGUGUAAUUAAAGCGUUUUAAUUGGCAAAAUGUCUGUAUAAGGGCCGGUUUUGCAGUUACUUUCUACCAGGUUAAAAGGGAAACAAUAAGUCAUUACUACUCAUCAGACAAAAUCAAGUGUGGGAAAGCCAUGUUUUGACACGUUUGCGAUAUAUGAGUGAGGUUACCGGAGGGACAACCCUUAAAUUCCUAACCCUCAGGAGGCCCGCAACGUACUUGUAACGCCUCUAGUGUUUCAAGUGUCCGAGCGGCGGCGAUUGCUUAUCAUGAUAAAUUUACACCACGAUCCACCAUUCACGAUCACCUGAAUAAAUUUACACCUUAUUCCAUAACAAAAUAAAAUUAUCAGAGACCUGUAAAACUGGCCCUAGGUGUUAGUAGAUGCAAUGAUGCCAAUGUUAAUUAAGAUAUAGUUGAGGAGACUAAUGCGAAUUGAAAGAGGCUUUUGGAUUUAGUUCAGUUAAUUUAAGUUGAUGGCAAAGAAAUGGUUUAUUUUAAAGGAGUCGGAUUUGAUUUUGAUACUGUUGUAAUGUUAAAUAAUGCAGUAAGCUUUAGGGAAGGAAGAAGCAAUAUUACAUAUUACAUUUAAUUUCACAAGUAAUCUAAAGAUUUUUGAAUAAUGCUGAAAAAGUAACAUUGGUAUGUAUGAAAUAUAUUGAUAACACCAACUAAAAAAAGUAAUUUAAACAUAAUUUAAUUGAUUUUAUAAAGCUAAAUGAAGCUACUGAUAUUUAUAAGAUACCAUUUGAGGAGACCACCACAUUUUGUAUUAUAGAUGUGUGUACUACUCUCUUCAAAAUUGCUAUCCAUUUAAACAUCUUUGUUAUGUACUUCGUUACAAUUUGUUUUAAUUUGAACUGCAUAGUAAAAAUCAGUGGCUUUACAGCCUCAUGGAUCAUGAUUUCUGUUGUUUCUUCAUAAUUUCAAAAAAUUUAAUUGUUUUUUAGUCGGUUCAUAUCUGACGAAACAUACGUCGCGUAUCAUCGGUCGCGUAACGCCAGAAGAGACAAGUGUAUAGAAAAACAGUUGACCGUUCACACUCAACCGAUGAUACGUAAGUACGACCGAUGAUACACAAGACGUAUUUUAAGUGCAGCUACUUCUAAAAUUUUGACGUCACCACUACUUUCAACGUUUUAAAAUCAUUCUCCUGGAUGUAAAUUUAUUUUCAUUAAUUAUUAAUUAAUAAAUUAACAGAACCUUAAUUAUUAUAAAUCGCUGACUGAUUAUUAAUUUUAAUUUAGUUUUUAGAUAACAUUUAAUUUUCUGAAGAUUAAGCUUUAAAAUUAUUUACAGUAUUACUAACUUAUUUUAUUUUUUAAAUGUACAAAGUUGUAUAUAGCGCUUUUGUUGAAUAUUCUAAUAACUAUAGGUUAGAGAUCGAGGCAUUUUCUUCUUAUUUAUGUGCCGAGUGUAAAUAUUAAUAAUAUUUUAAUUGUGUAUCUUAAACACAUUGAUUUUCUACCUCAUGAGGAAGAUGAUUUCGUUCAAGCCAUGAUAUUAUAAUUAUUAUGGAUUAAUUUAAGUACAGUAAGCAGUUUUUUGAUAUACACACAAAACUCCAUUAUGAACUUUAUUGCUAAAUAAUAAGAUUUAAUAUCUGCUAAAGAAUUUUGACAUAAUAGCAUCUGUAUGCCAUUAUCACCUAAAAGAUCAUCGAGUACAGUUUUGGCAAACUGAACCAUAUUACUAAUGAUUUUUGGGAUUUAUUUUCUUUGGCUAGUUUUCAUAGGACUGCUUCCAAAAUCGUCAGUUGUAAAUAUUAUACCUAGUAAGCUAGUAUUAGUAACUUAUUGUGUUAGGAAUGUGAUAGCUUUAUUCAUUUUAGUGAUAAUUUCUUCUACAGAAUCUUUGAUAAUGUAACCGUCAAUGUUAUUUGUAAAUACUCCAUAGUGAUAUUAUGUAAAAUAUAUAGUUGUAUCAUGUGUUUAGCUUAAGGAUUCUACUUUUCUCGAUGUUCUAUUUCUGUAACUGGAUAUUUAUCGUCUUUAUCAACUACUGUCUUUAUUUCCUCGUCUUAAGGUAUAUUUUCUUUUGCAUCAUCUGUAUGAUUUUCAUUGACUUAUUUAUCUUCGUCUCUUGAAAUCUCUAGAUUGUUUCUACAUGUUUGUUUUCAUAGAACCCCGAGAAAGUAGUAAUCAAAGAAAAUUUUACACUUGCCAACUAUAAUACUACCUAUGUAACGUCAAAUGUAAGAAAAUCUAAAUUGUCUGUAACUUAGUGUUAAGUGAUUUUACUCAUUGACUCAAACGUAUCACCAAUGAUUAUUAAGUACUUAAUAUUUAUGUAGAAAUCGAAAAUUAUGAUAACACAGUAUUAGUUAACGAUACUUUGUAGAAUUUCGCGUCCAUUGAAGAUUUAAAAAGCGAUGCUUCUCCGAACAAACGUAAUCAAUGUUCUUCUAUGCAAAAGGGUUAUUCAACCUUUUUCUACAAUGUUUUAUGUUGGGGCCAGACAUGUGCGCAGUUUUUUGUUCACAUACGCUUUCACAUUGUGUAAUACGGACAUUUGAUACUAUUUUAUCCGUGCCACAGAAUAUUCGCACAUGUCUGGCGCUAGCAUUAUCAUAGCCUAUAUCUGUAUUUAAGGUUACAAUUUCUGACUGUAUUUUAAUCUAAAACAUAAUUUAACUUGAAACAGUUUUGAGGUAAGUUUUAGUAUUUACCAUUUUGGAUAUGGAAUAGUUACUAUUUGAUGUAAAUGGAAUAAAGUAAAUGUAUUAGA